CGACCCGCAAAAUGCAAUUUGGAGAAAGAAGGAAAACCAAGUGACAGAGUCUUUCACUACGAGCGCCUCGCCUCGUCUAGUUUCGUCAAAUUUGGUAAAUUGCAUUGUGGACAAUAAAGUUGCGGUUCUUGCAUUCUGGCAUUUGUCUGAAUCUCAAACGCAAACAUUGCGGAAGAAACUCAGUAUCUGAUUCUGGGGUUACUUAGAUCAUGGUCUCACGUCCGCGUUGCGUUUGCGCUCCUGGAGGUUCGUUGUAGCUUGUUGCGGCCACAUAUCAGCUCGAUAUGGCUGAUUCGGCGAGUGUAACGUCGACGGUGACGGCGUCAGCGCUGAACACGCCUCGGGGGAAACACGAUCCGAAUAAACCCGACUAUGAGGUGCAGACGCACUCUGGCGUUCCGAAGGAAAAGAAAAAAGUCGUCAACUAUGCGGUGGGGACUACAGGUAAUGCUAGCUCGACUAGCGAGAUUUGCUCCUACAAGGACGAAAUACAGGCCUUGCCCUUGUAUCCACACGUUGACAUCAUGAAGUAGGCCGAGAUGAAGUGAGUUCAAAAGAGAUUUUUUGUAUCGUUUCACAUCACAACAUUGACAUUUCCAAAAAAAACAGUCGGGCACCGUGAGACCUUCGGCGACAACCUGCGACUCAGUGCAGGGUACCCGCGGAUUUUCUUCCAGACCACGUAUCAAAUGUAAAAAUGUCUGGGUCUGGAAGAAUGCAACUUGUGAUGCGGAUUCUGGAACAGGCCAAAAAUCUGUAUUGCGUAGUCAGCAAAUUGUGCCAGAUUUUUGUCUCCAGAAGUGGGCAUUUGUCAUGCGGAAUAGGCAUGGAGAAGCUCAGCUGCCACAGAGUUUGUCAUGCUCUGUGUGCAUUCCAGACCUUUUUGUAGAUGUAAAAAAUGCAUGACACAUGUCUGAUUUCUACCAGACCCAGACAUUUUUGCAUUUGAUACCACAACGCAGGUGACUAUAGAGCUGAUGGUGGAGCGGCCGGCCGCGGUGAUCUGCCAGUGCGUGGAGGUGCCAGACUCGGCACGGAAGCACGACGCGUACCAGUACGCGGAUGCGAGUUUCGAGAAGUCACAGACGGUGACGAUACGGACCCUAACCCGGGAAAGGGACCUGCUGAUUCAGCGUCUGAGGAAGAAGAUGGAAAAGCCCGGGCUCGACGACGCGCAGGACUCCGAUGAGGACGAGGAAGUUCUGAAGCGCGACGUCACGGACACGGGGCGGGAGAAGCCCUACGUCAAGCCGAUCAGGUUUGAGGCCAACCUGCACGGCUCGCACGCCCGGCCGAAGUUUUACGAGCAGUUUCACUUCGCCACGCCCAUGCUGGUCCGCUUCCACGCCGGGCACGUGCCGAAGACGCUGCCCCUCGUCGGGCUCAAGGCCGACGGGCAGUACGAGUUCUACGCGACGGUGAUUGACGACUCGCUCGUUCCGUUCUACCGGAAGAUGGUAAACGAGACCAUUCUCGCUUCCUGGAUGGUGCUCACCGCCUGGGAGGUGGAUAUGGCCUCCGGGACGAACAAGAAGAACCAGAAGCAGAGCGAGGGGCUCGUGUCCAAAGCCGGGCACCAGCGGAUCAGCAACAUCAAAAAAGCCUGCACGGAAACGUCCACGAAGUUCCCGUUCGCAGCGGACCAGCGCUACCCGUCCCACCCCCUGCACACGGAGCUGUCCUCACUACCGCAGCCCUGGAACCUGGAGAUGAUGUCCGAGAGUUUGCAUUUCUACGUGAAGCACGGCCGGGAUUUGAGUCCAGCGAGCAAGGCGAAAAACAAGGACGCGGACGACGACCUGCCGCCCGGGUUUUUCUCGCGGAAGGGCGUUGAUCCGGAGCAGCUAACGACGCUGGUGUCGUUUGCGCGACUGCGGUUCGAGACGUUGUCGAAGCACCCGAAGUUCUUGGACAUCAGCUUCGUGCCCAACGGGGUACGGUUUCGGCUCGACCGCCCGAACUGCAUGGUCUACUGGGUCCCGGUCAACCCGGCUCGGGACGAGAUGGCGCAGAGGGUCCGGGCACAGAACGCGACUGGAGGGGUCCUCGCAAAUAAGAGCGCUUCAUCAAGUACAUCGGCUCUGGUCCCCCCGACCGCGAGUUCGGUGGCUGCAAAAAAGAUGAACCAGACACAUUUAAACGAGCACGACUUCUCUAAUACAGGGAUGGCGCGAACAAGACGAAACGACGAACUGGAUUCACUCAUAUCAUCCCCCGGUUAUGAGACGACAGAAUGUCCUUUGCUCUCCCUCCCCCCCUCAUUUGAUGUCAUGCGAGUUUAAAAGUUGUGAUGCAGAUGAAGCUGCUACGAAACUCUUGUGAUGCUGUCUCAAAGACGGUGCCGUUCAAAUCAGGGAAAGAGACUCACUUGUGCCCCCUCAUACCCGUGGACGGUCGGACAAGAACGUGUUCGAUGAGCUACUGGAGCAGGACGAGGAGGAGAAGGACCGCGCCGCUGCCGCGGACGACGCGGAGAACGCAAAGUCGACCGCAAACAAAGAGGACGCCGGCUCGCAGGCUACGAGCCCCUCCGCCGUCUCCUCCUCGCCGGCUGCCCCCUCGGCGCCGGCCGCACCGGCGCCCGUGCCCUACAAGGCCCUGGAUCCGAGACUGAAGCCCUACGCACUCGCGGCCGCGGGCGAUCUGGCGGGGACCGGCGCCCCCGACAGCGACGACGAAUUUGCCGUGAAUAAAAGCCUAUCAAAUGCAAAAAUGUAUGGGUCUGGAGGAAUGCAACCUGUGAUGCUGCGUUUGGAUUCCAAAAAAAUCUGUAUUGCAUGAGCAGCAAAUAAGGGAGUGCAAUUUUUGCUACGGGAAGAGGGCACUUGUUAUGCGGAAUAGGCAUCAAGAAGCCCUCAAAAAAUCUCUGAUGCUAGGGCAUGCAUCACAGACGUCACGGCUCAUUUAAAACUUGCAUGACAAGUCUCAGAAUCUUCCAGACCCAGACAUUUUUGCAGUGCAUAAAGCCCGAAGGAGCAGGCCCCCGACCAGCACUUCGAAGCGAGUCUGAUCGUCCGCGAUAGGGCGAUCGCGGCGGGGCACUACCUAAACGUGACCGGGGAGAAGGGGUUCAUCACCCUCCCGCCCGCCUUCCAGGGCCGUCCGCUCGACUUUGUCGCGGAAACCAUCCCCGACACGACGCGAGCGAAGUCCGCGGUGGAGGUGCAGCGACUCGGGCCCGGCAGAGACAAUUUGAAGGACGUAAAGAUCCGGAAAAUGUUUGAUCCGUUGUUCUCCUCUCUCCGGCCGCGCUCCAUGAUGCCAAAACCGUACCGCCUCUUCUACCAGCAGCCGCAAGUGCCGGAAGAAGAGCUGGAAGCCACGAUAUCCUCGCCGUUGCGCACCAGAACUUCUUCCGGAGGUGUUGGCGGGGGACCAGCAGCAGCCCCCGGUGCAGCUGCCAGCAAGCUGUCCCCGUUUUCAACAUCUUCGCCGUUCGGCAGUCGGCGCGCCACGAGGAAUUCAAUUUCCGUGAGCGGCGCCGGCCCCGCGGCCGCAGACAAAAAUACAACUCCCGCGGGGAAGUUUAUCGACCGAAAAGACGCCAAAGGGUAUUUGGACACCCCGCAAAGCGCGUACGCCCCGGGCGCCGCGGUGCACUUUGAGAAGACGCCGCAAAACUUGCAGCGGUUCGCGCUGCGCCGCACCGACAUCGUGAGUGGCACGCCGGAUGCGGAGCUGGUGCAGACCUUCGGCCCCGACGUCGUCCCGGAGGUCUUUCCCUACUCGCGGAAACUCGUGUCGGUGUCCGAGUCGCUGAAGACCAGCUACGGCCGUCCGCCGGAGCACAUCAAGAUGCAAAGCAGCUUGGACGUGGAGCUGCAGGAGCCGCGGCCCUUCGUACCACAACAUACGGUCAUCACGGACGAAAAUCGGUACGAAAACGACGGUAUGCAUGGCAAAAGUAUCGUACUAGUAUAAAUCGCAUUACAAAUUUGCUCAGCAUGAGAAAUGCAAUUUUUCAUGCUGUUUUACCUUGGAACGGAAAUUUGUAAUGCAUGACUGCGAUUACUACCAGUACGAUACUUUUGCACAGGACAGACGGCGAGGACCCGAACGCGGUGAAAAAGGCGAAGCCCUACUACUACCAGCAGCUGCAGUAUGGGAGUGUCAGGAUCGAAAUCGACAAAAUCGAAAAACUUGCAAUGCAUAAAAUGUAGGGCACGUAAGGCCUGCGUUGGGGAGAAGGCAAAUGAGACCGAUUGCAAGCCUGUUUAGGGGAAGAAGACGCGUUGCCAGAGCAGCAUGACAGGAGCAGCCUUUUUUGCCCAAACAGCAUGACAGACUGGAUUUUGCAGCUCCCGAAAUUUGUGAUGCGCCAGCUGAAAACUGAGGGCCCAACUGGUAUCGAUUUUAUGCAUCACAAUUUUUUCGAUUUUGUUGAUUUCGAUCCUGACGCUUCCAUAUGCAGAGGACAGCGAGUACCGACCUGACGUACCCGAUCAACGUCUUCCAAGACCUCGACGGCGCGAAGUUCUACCUGCGUGGGGACAAGAAGGAGCGGAAGAACGAAGUAAACUGGUCCGCCUUCGACGCGGCCAUCGAGUGGAACCAGGACACGAGGUUGAACGUGUUUCAGCAGAACCUGUGGCGGCCGAUCACUUUCCCCUGGUAUCGGGCGGGAGUCGACGAGCGCGGCCUGCGCGUCCGAGUUGCUUUUUCCUUGUCCGUGCCGACGAAAAAGGCCGAGCGGGCAGCUUCGUGGGAAAUCAAGUUGGUGGCGGCAGGCGGUGGAGCAGCAGCACAGGCCGGUACUUUUUGCUCGUAUUCCUCAGGGUGUUCUUCUUUUUCAUCGAAGUCAUCCAAUUAUGUAGUCGCUGAUCUUCGUACCACACGAUAGAUACGACUUUGUCACAUGAUAUCUUGUGCUUUUCCUAUGUUGUUGCUACUCAAUUCAGUCUCGAACGAGGGUCCUCCCGAUCCCGAUGCUGACCCUUUCGCCGGUCUCCUGCUGUUUCUGAAAGUCAGCGACGUGGACAAAAAGAUCGUGGUCAACGACGAGGAGUACGGUGGUGACGAAAUCAAACAGCUCGUUGACGGCGAUCGGGGCUACCAAAUCUUUUUCCGCUACAGUUCAAGCGAAAGGGAAACCUGGGACAUCGUGUUUCACAGCCCCGGGAUACCGCUCUUCACGGUCCGAACGCCGGUGCUGGGUAGUGGUCCCGAGCCCGCUGUGCUGGACUACAUCACGUGCAGUGUCAGCACUGGCGUGAGCGCUUUCCUGACACCGUACACGCUGCCCCUGUUCUAUGAAGCGUUCGACAGCGGCGGCGCGCUCAUGCUCGGUACAACAUUAACAUUUUUUUCUUUUUGCACCGCACUGCGGACCGCUUGAUUUCUUGAUGUUGAUUCUUCGCUGCACACAGCUCCUUCAUCGGGCAUUCAUUCCAUCCUUUUUCACUGAAGCUUUACUGUUUAGUUUUUCUCGUCACAUCACACCAGCCCACGGCAAGGGUACGCUAUCGAGCGCGAAGGAUCUGACUCGGCGGAGAAAGAUUAUGAGUGAGCUUUCGAAGAAAGUCCGUACCAAAGACGAGGAGUACCUGUUCAUAACCUGCCGUGUGUGCGGCUGGAAGCAGCGGCAAAACCUCAGCCAGGAUAUUCAGCGGUGCAAGCGGUGCGGCAAGAGCAACCCCACAACCUACCCCUCCAUUGUGCGCGUCAUGGAGCGGAUGCGCGAAAACAAUGAUCCGGAUGCCGAGGAUUUUGUGCACUAUUGCGAGAAUCAGGCUCCGCCCCAGGACACGCGGUCUUGGCCGACGCGGAAAUUUCAGUCAACGAACGACCACAAAGCCGGAAAAAAGAAAGCGGACUUUGACGUGGCACUGCUCGGGUUUCAGGAGUAGUAAAGACAUGGCGUGGACGAGGUCCGUCGUGCUCUGCUGUUGCUGGUCGCCGGGGGUCGUUCUUGUUGAUAUAUGCUCUGGACGCGUUCUUGCGGCACUUGUGUGAUCAUUUCGCAGCAGCGCAACUGCUGGAGAUGAAUAGAUGCUUGCUCAUGCCCGAGCGCAGUGACACAAGAACAU